AUGGUCACUCUCUUCGGGCAGAAGGUAUAUUCCGAAAUAAAAGACUCUCAAGAUACAAAUUGGUUUGGCAAGAGAAGUGAGGAAGUGAAUAUCUCAAGUGAAUCAGGUUUGCUGGAUCUUAACCAAACCCCGGUUAAUGAGCCAGUUCCCAAUCAUCAUCAAUGCUUCUUCCAAGAUUUGAACUUUCCUUCCACUCAGGAGAAGGAAAUGAGCAGCGAGAAGAAAGGUUUAGAUGAGAUACAUAGAAAAGACAGUAGUACAGCAUCUCCAGCUUCAUGCUGCACCGCGGAACGAGAAGAUCCGUCUGAAGUAAUGGAAAUGGCAGCUGAAUGUUUACUCCAAAUCUCAGCGGUUUCACUCGAUCAAAGUCAGGAUAACGUGUCACUCAAGCCUAGAUCAAGACCUAACAGCUCAUCUCAAGAUCAAGAACCGAGUUGUUCUUACGAUUCAUUUGAGCUUCACACUUUAGGAAUCACCGAAACCAUCCCUGAAGAUAUCUGUAGUGUGCCAUUAUCAAAGGGCAAAGAUGAUGAAUAUAAUAACAAGAAAGAAGUUGGAGUAGUCAAGGUGAGAAGAGGAAGGAGGAUGAAGAAUUUCCAAAAGGAGAUACUCCCGGAACUUUUAUCGCUUUCUAGACACGAGAUCCGUGAAGAUAUGAACAUAUUGGAGACUGUUUUGAGGUCUAGAGAAUAUAAGAAGAUGGAUCAUGGGAAGAGUAAAGAUGGAAAAUGCAAACCAAGCCAGAGAAACAACAAAGAUUCGACUAAGAGGUAUAUAGGUAGAAGAAGGAGAGGAACAAAAUGA